AUGCUAACGAUAUAUGCAGAAGACCAGAAGACCAGAAGACGAGAAGACCAGAAGACCAGAAGACCAGAAGACCAGAAGACCAGAAGACCAGAAGACCAGAAGACCAGAAGACCAGAAGACCAGAAGACCAGAAGACCAGAAGACCAGAAGACCAGAAGACCAGAAGACCAGAAGACCAGAAGACCAGAAGACCAGAAGAUCAGAAGACCAGAAGACCAGAAGACCAGAAGACCAGAAGACCAGAAGACCAGAAGACCAGAAGACCAGAAGACCAGAAGACCAGAAGACCAGAAGACCAGAAGACCAGAAGACCAGAAGACCAGAAGACCAGAAGACCAGAAGACCAGAAGACCAGAAGACCAGAAAACCAGAAGACCAGAAGACCAGAAGACCAGAAGACCAGAAGACCAGAAGACCAGAAGACCAGAAGACCAGAAGACCAGAAGACCAGAAGACCAGAAGACCAGAAGACCAGAAGACCAGAAGACCAGAAGACCAGAUGACCAGAAGACCAGAAGACCAGAAGACCAGAAGACCAGAAGACCAGAAGACCAGAAGACCAGAAGACCAGAAGACCAGAAGACCAGAAGACCAGAAGACCAGAAGACCAGAAGACCAGAAGACCAGAAGACCAGAAGACCAGAAGACCAGAAGACCAGAAGACCAGAAGACCAGAAGACCAGAAGACCAGAAGACCAGAAGACCAGAAGACCAGAAGACCAGAAGACCAGAAUACCAGAAGACCAGAAGACCAGAAGACCAGAAGACCAGAAGACCAGAAGACCAGAAGACCAGAAGACCAGAAGACCAGAAGACCAGAAGACCAGAAGACCAGAAGACCAGAAGACCAGAAGACCAGAAGACCAGAAGACCAGAAGACCAGAAGACCAGAAUACCAGAAGACCAGAAGACCAGAAGACCAGAAGACCAGAAGACCAGAAGACCAGAAGACCAGAAGACCAGAAGACCAGAAGACCAGAAGACCAGAAGACCAGAAGACCAGAAGACCAGAAGACCAGAAAGAUAUAG